AUGACGGACCCAGACCUCAACAAUAAGCUCGAUAGACUACUCACUCUAUUGGAAGCACAGCUAGAGCUUACCAGACAGGGUCAUCGAGAGGAACGAUUACAACGAGCUCAACUGAGCAGGGAGGAGACAAUGGACCUCUCUCACUCAGAAGACCAAGCAGGAGGAGGAGAUGAGUCUAUGAUAGGAGACCCACAUACUCCUACUCCAGCUCCACGACCAAGACGAUCAGUCUCAUUCAACCUGGAUGAGCAGGAGGACAUCAACUACGAGAAGUAUGCUUCACCUACUGGGCCAAGAUAUGUCAAGACUAAGCUGGACCCCUACAGCAGGACUAGGACGGACCCUUACCCCCUGGACCACGAGGAGGAUACCAGCAUCAUGGCAGAGCUUAACCAGUCAAAGCCCAUUGCCACCCCCUUUCCAAAGUUCAAUCCCCGAGACAUGGAGAUCUUCAUUCUAGAAGCCGAAGCAUGGUUUAAGUUCAACCAGGUGUAUGAGCAGUCUAGGAUGAUCAAUCACAUGGGUGCUCAACUGGAAGGGACAGCAAGAGAGUGGUGGACCUCCAAGCUCCGUAUUGAUAGAGCUAGAGAAGGAAGGUUGUUCAAUGAUUGGCACUACUUCACAGAGCGACUGUCAGAGCAGUUUAACCCACGCAAUGCUAGGAUGGAGGCAUACAACAAGCUGUUGGCUCUCAGACUCACAAGUGAUACUCCUGGUGCCGCCACACGUCAUGUAGAGCGGUUCAGAGACUUGGAAGGACAGGUCAACCUAGAUGACAACGAGCUAGUGAUUGAUCUCUUCAGAGGUAGUCUCACUCGCAGCAUACAGGAGAAGUUCGAGAGGAAUCCACCUGGGAAGAGAUGGGAGUGGUAUCGAGAGGUUGAGGAGAUCGAUCGACAGAGGAUGCUACUACAGCAUGGAGGCAAAGCAGUACUGGAGCUCUCUGGAAUGGUUCAAGACCAUCCUGCUCGGAUACUAGCUGAUACCGGUGCUGGUUUGUCCAUAGUCUCAGAUUCUUUCAUUAGUAAGUACCAAAUACCCACAAAACCCAUAAAAACAAGAUCGAUCCAUGGUGUCACCGGGCACCAACUCUCCAUCAAUAGUUCUGCAAGCAUGCAGGUAUCUAUUGGUACACACAAUCUGGGUGUGGUCGAAGCUUCAGUGGCCGACACUGCGGACUAUGACCUCAUCCUGGGGUUCACUGAGCUACGGAGGCUCAAACCCACCAUACAAUGGGAUACGGGCCAGCUGGAGUUCAAGACUCAGGAGCAGGACCAACCCCCUAGGAGACCCCCUGAAGCAGCAAGAGCAGGGGACCUAACCAUGAGGAGACCAACCCUUCAUGGUAACGAGUUUGUCUCAGCAGAGCGCAUACUACGAGCAGCUCUGGAAGAUGGACCCAUAGGGUUCAUGCUGUUAGAGGAGCCACCAUCAUCACUCCCAGCCUUUGGUUUUGUACCCACAGGCGCAGACAAAGGAGUCGAGAUGGAGGUGGAGGUAGAUAAGGUGGUGACGGCUGCAGACAUACCAAAGCCAUACCAACACCUGCGAGAUGUGUUUGAUGAGGUGGAAGCAGACAAGCUGCCCCAUCAUACCGAGCAUGAUCUCCACCUCGAGUUGAUAGAAGGAGGGAAGCCACCUCAAGGGCCCCUAUACCUUAAGGGACCCAAGGAGAUGUCCGAGUUGAGGAGGUACUUGGAUGAGAACCUCGAGAAGGGGUUCAUAAGACCAUCGAAGAGCCCGGCACGAUCACCGGUGCUCUUCGUACCAAAGAAGGAUGGAGGUCUCAGACUCUGUGUGGACUACAGAGGUCUCAACGAGAUCACUGUCAAGAACAGGGCACCAUUGCCCCUCAUCGAGGAGCAGCUGUUCUUACUCAGGAAGGCAAGGAUCUAUACCAAGCUAGACCUUAGAGCAGCAUACAACCUCAUCCGGAUUGCUAAAGGAGAUGAAUGGAAGACAGCUUUUGGCACUCAGUUGGGACUCUAUGAGUACCUAGUGAUGCCCUUUGGCCUAGCCAAUGCUCCAGCUCACUUCCAGUCAUUCAUCAAUGACAUCUUCCGAGACAUCAUUGGGAUAUAUGUGGUAGUAUACCUAGAUGACUUCCUGAUCUUCAGUGACACUGAAGAAGCACAUGUGAAGCAUGUCACUGAGGUCCUCACUCGCUUAAGGAGCAACAGGCUCUUUGCUAAGCUGUCAAAGUGUGAGUUCCACACCAAGACAGUUGAGUUCCUGGGGUACAUCAUCAAGCCAACGGGCAUAGAGAUGGACCCAGAAAAGGUGCGCACUGUCAAGGAGUGGCCAAUGCCGGAGUCAAUCCAUGACAUCCAGAGGUUCCUGGGUUUUGCCAACUUCUAUCGAAGGUUCAUAGCCCACUUUGCUCGCAUAGCCAAGCCCUUGACAGCACUGGUAAAGCCUAUAGAACGGUUCAAGAAGUUCGAGCUACCAGAGGAGGCCCAACAGGCCUUCCACAAGCUCAUCCAGGCCUUCACAUCAGCAGGAGUGCUUCAGCACUUCGACUACCACCUUCCAACAAGGUUGGAGACUGAUGCAAGUGACUUUGCUAUAGCAGGAGUACUCAAGCAGGAGCAUGAAGGACGAUGGCAUCCAGUGGCCUUCUACUCUAGGAAGAUGUCUUCUGCCGAGAAGAACUAUGAGAUCCAUGAUAAGGAGCUCCUAGCUGUGGUCGCCUGCCUCACUCAGUGGCGACACAUGUUAGCUGGACUACCGAACCAACUGGUCAUCCUCACUGACCAUGAAGCCCUCAAGUACUUCAAGUCACAGAGACGCAUCACAGGUCGACAAGCUCGAUGGGCAAUACUACUAGCAGACUUCGACUUCAUAUUGCAAUAUCGACCAGGAGACAAAGGUGGUGAACCCGAUGCUCUCACCAGAAGGACAGACAUGCAACCAGCCGGUGAAGAGCAGGAUCACAAUGUGAGGCAACUACUGCCUCCUCGAGUGUUCAAGGAGACAGCAGACCAUGACUCGCUCCUAGUGGCCCCCAUGAUCUCGAUGGAGUCCAUAGCAUCAAAAGGUCUCAAAGACCUGGUCAAGAUCUUCCAGCCUUUAGACCAAGAGCUACAGGAGAUACAUAGGAAGAAGCCUUUCGAACUCAAGGAUGACCUAUGGUACAGUGGAGGAAGGUUGGUUAUCCCCAAGCAUCUGCGAUUCAUGGUGAUGACCCAAUGCCAUGAUGGUAUCACUGCUGGACACGUAGGAAGAGAUGCUACCAUCAAGGCAGCUCAACGACAUUACUGGUGGCCAAACAUGACAGCUUGGAUUGCAGACUAUGUAGCAAGUUGUCCUGUAUGUGCUAGGUACAAAGCUCCUCGUCAUCGUCCAUAUGGUUUGCUACAGCCACUAGCAACCCCAGACAGGCCCUGGGGCUCCAUAUCCCUCGACUUCAUUGAAGGACUACCACCAUCAAAGAAGUAUGACUCCAAGACCUAUGACUCUAUCCUAGUCAUCGUCGACAGGUUAACCAAGUUUGCCAUACUAGCUCCAACCCAUAAGACAGUCACAGCCAAACAGACUGCAGUAUUGCUAUAUGGACACAUGGUUAGACUCUUCGGAUAUCCAGAUCACAUGGUCUCGGACCGAGGCAGGCAGUUCAUAUCAGGAGCAUGGAAGGCAUUUGCAGAGCAAAUGGGUGUGAAGCACUCACUUAGCACGGCCUACCAUCCUCAAACUGAUGGUCAGACAGAGAGAGUCAAUCAGGUCAUAGAGCAAUAUCUCAGGAUGUACUGCAACUAUGAGCAGAAUGACUGGGCCAACCUGCUGGACACUGCGGCCUUUGUAUACAACAACACGGUCCACAACAGCAUUGGUGUCUCACCAUUCUUUGCAUGCUAUGGAUGGAACCCCAAAGCUCAUCCUGACAUCCCUCAACGACUAGGAGUCAAUGAUCCAGGUCGCUUCGAGUACCUCAUGGAUGGAAAGGAGCGUUGCAAGUACCUCCAGGAGCAGAUCAGAGGGGCACAACGUAGAUCAGUAAACCAGUAUAACAGGAAGCACAAGGACAUCGAGUUUAAGGUGGGUGAUAUGGUCUAUAUCAACCGACGAAACUGGAAGACAAGGAGACCCACACCCAAGUUAGACACCCGGUUUGCAGGACCCUACCCAGUUCAGGAACGGGUAGGACGCCGAGCUUAUCGAAUCACAUUGCCAGCAAACCUUAGGGUGCAUGAUGUGUUCCAUGUCUCCAUGCUCGAGCCAGCAAGAACAAGUUCUCUUCCUCAACGUGCUGAACAGCCCACCAUACCAUCACUUCCAGAUGAGGACCUCGACUUCGAAGUCGAAGCACUCAUCGACAAGCGUUCACACAAUGGGACUACGGAGUACAAGGUGUUGUGGAGAGGGUACUCAGAGGAAGCUGCUUCAUGGGAACCAGUAGAGAACCUCAACUGUCCCGACCUCAUCCAGGAGUAUGAGGUGUCGGAGGGGGGACGAGUGAGUAGACAGAGUGGAGAGAGGAGGAGAGAACAGGAGGAGUAG